CCGUGGACGACAUGGUUGUUGGUGUAGCACAAGUGGCCACGUACUUCCAGCGUAUCGAGCACAAUGUAUGGCUUGCGUACGUGUACACGCUGUUCUUCUGGUCGUGCCGUAGCAUCUUGCUGGACCAGGUGCUCGCGGGCUACGUGUUUGUCUUGACGGGAUCCAACGAACCCGUGGGGCUCGUCACGGGCAUCAACGGGCUCGUGCGGCUCUUCAUGGCCAUCCCUGGAGGGUACGCCAGCGACCGCUUCCGCCGCGACACGGUCUUGAAAGCCGCGGGUGUGCUUGGCCUUGGCUGUGUCGUGUUGAGUAUGACGUCGUAUCUGAUGGGACACAUGCCGUUGCUGUACGUGACGUACGGAUGUUGGGGCGCGUACUUUGCAUUGCAGCGACCGGCGUUGGAAGCCAUCUUUGCCGACUCGGUGCCGCAGGGUGAGCGCGAGGUGCCGUUUACGAUUCGGUACAUGCUCAUGAACUUGAGCGGGAUGGUUGGGCCGCUGGCCAGCGUGAUCUUCUUCCUCUUCUACGGCGAUUCGUGGUCGCUCUCGGGGCUCCAGUGGGUGCUCUGCGGGGGGCUAGUCAUCGGCACCCCCGGCAUUGUGUCUCUGUUCUUUUUCAACGACGACUUGGCCUAUGAAAACAUCAAACCUGCGCAUCAACCGUCCUCCCCCACAACUGGCCUUACAACCCCAUCGUCUCGGAAAGUACGAGCGUUGUCAUACGUCGAAGACAACGGGGACUUAUGCCAACUCGAAGAAAUCCAAGAUGGCCAUCGGUCAGAACAAGGCGAGAAAACGCGGCUGGUGGUGUCGUCACCUGGUCUUUUGUCAGAAGAAAACGAUGACGUGGACAUGAGCACUGUCAACACAUUUCUGUGCCUCGGGCCUCGCCAUGUUCCAGUGAUCCUCUUCUGCACUGACUUUAUCAUGUUCAACGGCAGCGGGCUCUCGAUUGUGUUUUUGCCGCUGUUCCUUCAAAACGACUACGGCCUCACGCCGUCCAGCAUCAACUUGCUCGUGCUAGUGCAGCAAAUACUGGUGCUCGUGACGACACCCCUCGCUCGCCUUGUGUCCAAAAAAAUUGGCGACAUUGAAACUGUGGUGGCGACUCGUGUUAUGGCGGCGGCGGUCCUGAUGGCGUUUACGUACGGCGAGUCGAUGUGGUUUGAAAUUGUCCUCUUCCUCCUUCGGACAUCCAUCAUGCGCAGUUCACUACCGCUACGGUCGUCGAUACUCAUGGACCAUGUGGCCAAGGAAUGGCGCGGUCGGUGGAAUGCGCUGGAGAGCCUCACCAUGUUCUGCUUCUGCGGCACGUCCGUCGUGGGCGGGUACCUCGUGGAAGCGUACGGAUAUCGCUACUGCUUCUUCGUCACGUCCAUCGUGUGGUUUGUGGGGCUGUCGGUAGAAUUGGUCCUUGUACCGAUUAUUCGCAACGAGCGCACGCUACGCAAGGCGACGACCAGUCAUAAGCUUGUCAUGUUGGCUUAAUUCUGACUAUCAGUAGCAUAACACCUGAUUGGCGUGUUGGUUGAAUGUGCAUUGCAAGGUCUUGGCCUUCUAACAUGGACGAGCUCGUAGUACUGCUUACGCUCUAGUCUAACUGUUGAAAGAAAAGAAGCAACGUGUUCCAUCG